UUAUUAUCAUGAGAUAUCUCAAGAUGUCGACGAAACUCUACGCAUGCCUAAUCGCACUGGCUGUCGUUGAGAACAAAGCGUGCACUAGAAAGUCGAACUACUAUGAUCGACAUCCCGGUUUGCAGCUUCAAGGUCAUGUUAUCAAAAACAUGUCGACAUCAGACAUUUUAAAUUGUAUUUUUGAAUGCAGUAAAACACCUGGCUGCUUAUCGAUUAAUUCUCACAACGCCGGCAACGUCAYACACUGUGAGCUUAACAAGUCAAACMGGUAUGGCACACAAGCAAACCUGAUUAAAACCAGUUUUGAUCGGGAGUAUUUGGAAAUGGUAUUUAAUCCUGAUUGGCCCGAUGCUUGCUUUCAGAAAGGUGGUUGGUAUCGAAGCCGGUCCGCUGCCUAUAAGUUUGUUAAUGAACAUGUAACCGCCGAAUCAGCUCGUCAGCGGUGUCGYUUGAUGUCAGMAGGUGCAGAUCUGGUAUCUUUUGUCAACAAAGAGGAGGAGGAGACCUUUGAUCAAUAUCGUGAAGGGUUCGGUCAAGUGGACAAUUUUUGGAUCGGAUUCAACGACCUUGAUAAAGAAGGAACCUUCGCUUGGUUUGACGAGACCAAAUCUGGCUACACAAACUGGUCUCCAGGAGAACCAAAUGAUUUUGGUAAAGUUGAAGAUUGCACACUGAAAUCAGGACGAAUCAACAGCAUGGAAUGGUUUGAUUCUAACUGUACUGGUCAAAAACCAUUCGCUUGUAAAGUAUUAUGCACAUAAAAAAA